AUGAAUGCUCAAUCACAAGCCUUCAUGGUACAAAAUGACACAUCUUAUCAGGAUGCAGGUGUAAAUGAGGAACCAAAAAGUCUUGAGGUGGCUAUGAUGAAAUGGCAAGGUGAGGAAUUUUGUGGAGUUAAUCAGCCGCAAGCACAAAAUAAAUCUUUUUCACCUGUUGUAGCUAAUAUAAGGUCAAAAAAGCGUGCUAUCGAUAUUGGACAACAAGCUACAAAUCAUCAACAAGAAGUUGUCGGAAAAGAUAAAGGCAACUUGUUCAUAAAGGAGGAACACUAUGAAUCAAUUCACAUUUUCAAAGAUAAGCUGCUGAAAAUUGGCAAGGUAUGUACUCCUGAAGAAAGACAUGCUUUUGUUCUUCUUUGUCAAGAGUUUAAUGAUAUUUUUGCUUGGAGAUGUGAAUAUCUUAAAGGUUUUGAUCCUCACUUAGCUCAACAUACCAUUGAGUUGGUUGAGAAUUCAAAACCAGUAAGGCAGAAACAAAGGCCUUUGAAUCGAAAAUUAGAACAUCUAAUGAAGAUUGAAUUGGAUAAACUUGUUCACGGAAACAUCAUUUUUCUCAUAAAGCACACAUCCCGGGUCUCCAAUCUAGUUUUUGUUAGGAAGAAGAAUGGUGAACUCAGGUUGUGUGUUGACUUUAGAGACUUAAACAGGGCAUCCUUGAAGGAUCAUUAUCUGCUGCCAUCAAUGGAACAAAAUUUGCAAGUUGUAUCAGGUUCAGAAACCUUCUCAUUGCUUGAUGGUUAUUCAGGAUAUAACCAAAUUCUAGUUAAAGAAGAAGACCAGUACAAAACAAAAUUCAUCACCAAGUGGGGUACAAUGGCUUAUAAUAAGAUGCCUUUUGGAUUGUCUAAUGUAGGGGCAACAUUUCAGCAUGCAAUGGACAUGGCAUUUCAUGGCCUAAUUAAUAAGUUUGUUUUGGUUUAUUUAGAUGAUGUAACAUUUUUUUCUAAGAAUGUUGAUCAACAUCUUGACCAUCUUAGACAAAUUUUUGAAAGAUGCAGGGAGUAUGGCAUUUCACUGAAUCCCAAGGAAAGCAUAUUUACUGUCCAUGAAGGCAGAUUGCAGGAUAUAUUGUUUCUAAACAUGUGGACUAAGGAAGGUAAGAACAAUUUUGAAGAAAUCAAAGAGGCUAUUGCAGCAACCCCUACUCUCAUUAAUCAUAAUUUUGAAAAAUAUUUUAUUCUAUAUGCUUUUGGGAGUGAGGAUAUUAUUUCUACAAUGUUGUGCCAACAAAAUUAUGAAGGCCAAGAACAACCAAUUGAUUUCUUUAGUCAGAUUUUACAUGAUUAUGAAACUAGGUAUUCAUUUGUAGAUAAGCAUGUGUUAGCUAUUAUAAGGAGCCUUAAGAAAUUCAGGCACAUGCUUUCUAACAAUAAAAUUCAGCUCAUGGUUUCUCACCCGACAGUGAAGGAGUUUUUGCUCACCAAAGACAUAAAUGACAAAAGGGCACGUUGGAUUACUAAGGCAAUGGAAUGUGACAUCUCUAUCAAGGUUACUAAGCUGGUUAGAGGCAAGGGUUUAUGUGAACAACUUGCUAGAAGUAUAGAAAGAAACAAGGAAGAGGAGCAAAAAAUUGAAACAACACUUAGAAAUGAAGAACAUCCUGUUGUCCCACCUGUACCAACCACUUGGAAUCAGCAAAUUGCCCAUUAUUUACAAACUGGUGACUGUUCGGAAGAUUAUAAUAGUGUUUUGUUAAGAUGCAUUAAGCUAGAUCAGAUUGAUAAAGUUCUACAAGAAUUUCAUGAACGACAUGCAGGAGGUCACUUUGCAGCAAGAACAAUAGCUCUAAAAAUUAUGAGAGUUGGUUAUUAUUGGCCUGAUUUGUUUAAGGAUGCUCACUCAUGGGUAAGAAAGUGUGAAAAAUGUUCAUUGUUUGUAGGCAAACAAAGGCUUGCAACCUUGCCUUUACAACCAAUUGAAUUUGAACAAUGCUUUGCAAAGUGGGGACUUGAUUUUAUAGGACCUAUUAAUCUACCUUCUAGUGCAUGUCACAAAUGGAUUCUUAUAGCAACUGAUUAUUUCAAAAAGUGGACAGAAGCAGUUCCAUUGAAAGAAGCUAAUGAAACUUUCAUCCUAAACUUCUAUCAAGACUUAGUGUCCAGGUUUGGUACCCCAAAAUCAAUCAUAUCUGAUAAUGCUUUAGCUUUCAUUGGUCUUAGAGUUUUAGAUUGGUCAGUCAAGCAUAAUAUCUAUUUGAAUACUUUGUCCAAUUAUUACCCUCAGGGUAAUAGACAAGUUGAAUCAACUAAUAAAAACUUGAUCAAUAUCAUUAAGAAAACCAUUGUUGAGAAUCAGAGAACUUGGCAUGAGAAGCUCAAGUUGGCCCUUUGGGCUGAUAGAAUUACACACAAACCAUGGGAAUAG